UGGUCGAUAGUAACGGCGUCGACAGGCAACCACGCCCUCGGAUGUGCACACGCUCUGAAGCAGACCAAUCAGAGAGGUCUGCUAUAUCUACCUACAGACUGUAGUGAGUCUCGUCUGCAAUCCCUGAAGGAGUUUGCAGAGUGGUGCGAACUGGUACAAGAAGGGGAUGAAUGUGUGGCUACAGAGACAGCUGCGAAGAGGUUUGCGCAGGAAAAUGGUAUACCCUACGUGUCACCAUACAAUGACAUGGAUGUAUUGGCUGGCCAAGGUAUGGAUUACCAGGUAUUGCCAGGCUGUGGUGGUAUACGUGCAUGGUUUUGUAAAAAAGACGUGUAG